AUGUCUUUUUUGAGCGAUGACGAUUAUGGCGACGAUUUGGACGACGAGCUCCUGAUAGCUGCAACCAGGCAAAUUGAAGAGAAGCAGAACACCCAGGGACGGAAGCAAAGUUCCCCGCGGAAUCAAAGAAGUAGUUUCACACCAGGUCGGGUAUCGAAGACCAGCACGAUAGAAGAUACAUACGACCUAGAUAAUAUAUUCUCCUCGGAUAUCAUCGAUGAGGAACAUGACUUCAGACCAGCCCCGACUACGAAUGCUGCACCUGGUAAUCUUAGGCAGAGAACUUUGUUCGGAGAUGUGGCAGAUGAAGGUGAAGAAAGAGAGACUACUGUUCGAAGCUGGCGGUUGGUGAACCACGAUGAAGCGCCGACGCACCACAAGAUCGAUCGAGAGGCUGCAAAGACAUGGAUAUACCCAACAAAUGUGUCCCACAGAGACUACCAGUUCAACAUCACCAAAAGGGCAUUAUUCACAAACGUCUUAGUGGCUUUACCUACUGGUCUUGGGAAAACAUUCAUAGCUGCUACCGUCAUGUACAAUUGGUACAGAUGGGCACCUGAGUCUCAGAUUAUUUUCAUGGCCCCAACAAAACCACUAGUCGCUCAACAAGUCGAUGCCUGCCAUAAGAUCGUAGGUAUACCGAAAAGCGAUACGUGCUUGUUAACCGGUCAUGUCUCUCCAGGCCACCGGGCGGACUACUGGAAUGAAAAGCGGUUGUUUUUCCUAACGCCCCAAACUCUCGAAACGGAUUUGACAUCUGGCCGAUGUGAUCCGAAGAGGAUAGUACUGAUAGUUGUCGACGAAGCUCACCGCGCUACCGGUGAGUACGCCUACUGCAAAGUAAUCCGGUACAUACGACGGUUCAAUAAUAGCUUUCGGGUUAUGGCCCUGACUGCUACCCCGGGAUCGAAGGUCGAAUCUGUGCAAGCAGUUAUUACCUCACUAGGUAUCGCUCGGACAGAAAUUCGGACGGAGGAGUCGAUUGACAUUAGGCAGUACAUUCACCAACGGGAAAUUCAACUCGAAAAAUUCCCACUAACGGAUGAGAUUACAAUGAUUCGCGAUCUGUUUAGCAAGGCUCUCAAACCGAUGCUUGAGAAGCUCAAUAACAUGAAAGCCUGCUAUAUAACAGACCCAGCGAAUCUAACAGCGUUUGCAUUAACGGAAGCCAAAAAGAGAUAUAUCGUCAGCCCGGCAGGAAGAGCCGCCCCUCCAGGCCUAAGAGGCUCGAUUCUCAGCCUCUUCGCUAAUUUAAGUUCACUCGCUUAUAGCUGGGAGCUUCUCCUUUACCAUGGAAUACGCCCAUUCUACGACUACCUUAGAGAAUUCCAAAAUGAGAAGAGCUCCAAAUCUUCCGGGGGAGGGAAGGCCGUCUCUGCGCUUUUCCAGGAUAAACAAUUCCUUGCCAUGAUGAACAGAUGCAGAGGUCUAACGAAUGAGAAAGAAUUUCUUGGUCACCCUAAACUUGAUUACCUUUGUGGCACUAUCCUACGUCAUUUCACAGAAGCUGCUGAACGCGGUGAGAAGGAUACGAGGGUCAUGGUCUUCUCAAAUUAUCGAAAAAGUGGUGAUGAGAUACUGAGGGUGCUUAAGAUACAUGAGCCAAUCAUCAAGCCGAGGAUAUUCGUUGGCCAGAGCGCUGGGACUACCGGGGAAGGCAUGUCUCAAAAGGUACAGCAGGAAACCGUUGAGAGAUUCAAAAACGGAGAGUUCAAUGUUUUGGUGGCGACUAGCAUCGGUGAAGAGGGGCUAGAUAUUGGAGAGGUAGAUUUCAUCGUCUGUUUUGAUGCAUCGGCCUCGCCCAUCCGUAUGUUGCAACGUAUGGGCAGAACAGGUCGCAAGAGGGCUGGUGGUGUCGUUGUAUUGGUAACAGAGGGGAAGGAAGAGGCCAAGUGGGAACGCGCGCAGGAUAACUAUCGAUGGAUGCAAAACGCAAUAACCAAGGGAAACACAUUUACGUAUGACAAGGAGAUCUCACCGAGAAUUCUACCUAACGAUAUCGAGACCGAGUGCGUGAAGAUGACCAUUGAAAUAACACCAGAAAGCAGAGCAGUAUCGCCGCCAGGGAAGCGGAAAGGGAAGAAAAAGGCACCGCCAAAGAAAUGGUUUAUGCCAGAAGGUGUCGAAACCGGAUUCACGACUGCGGCGGCACUUGAGGGACUUACUCCAAAGUCCAAAAAACCAAAGCAGACGCAACUUGAGGGAAAUUCAAAGGCACCACUUGUAAUAAGCGACGAUGACGACGAUGACCACAUGUUUCGCACUUUGGAAGAGGAACCCUUUCCAGAACCAAUACCGGAAGCAUCGUAUCGCUUGUCGGAACGCCAAGAACGGGAGCUUCGUAUGAAUUAUCAAUCUCUAUAUGGCGACGACGAUGAAUUGAUAAACGCCCCACGGCUUGACGCUUACCCAGAGGAUCAACAAAAAUUACAACCGACUAGCCAUGUUGGACACAGCCGCGCUACAAACUUAAUGGUUUCACUUCUACAAAAAAUGCGCAACAUGGACCACCAGCAAAUCCAAAGGUUUAAAACCCGUUAUGAGGCCGAUAAUGCUGCGCCGCCGCCGCCACCAAUCCUCAAAAGCCCAACUCCUGAUCCUCCCAAGAGCUCUAGUGUAGAACCACAGUCUGUUCCAUUAGAACUGCCUCAGGCAUCCAUGAGCAAUCUCAAACCAUUCAAACCGCCAAGUAGAAUUUCUGGUGUGAAUGUGGCGAAGCCCGCUCUUCAGUCCGUUAAACCGAAAUCUGGAAAUACAGUGAGAACAACAACUUCUCAUACUAUAAGGAAGGAGUCCAUUACUAUCGUGUCAUCACCCUCGAGGCACACAUCCUCUCCACCUCCCUCACCUAGUGCACCGUCGCCAACAACGAAGAAAAGAGGAUUUUUUGAUCUAACGUCCGAGUCCGAUGAAGAUAUGCCAACUUUAUCCCAACUCAUGGCAGAACAACAUCCAAAGCCGAAAACGAAACAAUUAAAGGAAAACUCUGUGCCUUCAAAAAAGCGCAAGUCAGACGGCUCAGUUGGAAACCAGAAAAAACGUUUACAAGGCAAAACAUACAGGUAA